CCCAUGGGUGCUGCUAUAAAGGGGCCCCCCCAGCACCGCCCCCCCGCAGCCAUGGGGGGCACUAUGGGGCUGCUGCUGCUGCUGCUGCUGAGCGUGGCCUCGGGCCAGGCCCAGAUGGUGACGCUGGUGACGCCGGCGGUGCUGCGGUUGGAGGCGGAGGAGCUGGUGGUGCUGGAGGCUCCAGGGCUCUCGGCCGCUGCCGACGCCACCGUCAUGGUGCAGGACUUCCCCCACAAGCGCCACGUGCUCCACCAGAGCCGUGUGGGGCUGAGCCCGCAGGGGGGGAUGAUGGCAAACACCACCAUCAAGGUGUCAGCCAAGGCGCUACCGGCGUCGGCAGAGAAGAGGUUCGUGUCGGUGAGUGUGCGCUUGGGCCAGGCCAGCCUGGAGAAGGUGCUGCUGGUGGCACCGCAGAGCGGACACAUCUUCCUGCAGACUGACAAGCCCAUCUACACCCCUGGCUCCACCGUGCUCUGCCGCCUCUUUGCCCUGGACCACCUCCUGCAGCCGGUGUCCAAGACGGUGAUCGUGGAGGUGCAGACCCCCGACAACAUCAUCAUCAAGCAAGUGCCUGUGUCCUCGCCCAUGAAAACCGGCAUCUUCUCCCUCAACCACAACCUGCCUGACGUGGUCAGCCUGGGGACCUGGACCAUCAUGGCCAAGUUCGAGGAUGCUCCGGAGCAGGUGUUCAGCAGCCAGUUUGAGGUCAAGGAGUAUGUGCUGCCGAGCUUCGAGGUGGUGCUGGAGCCGGAGAAGAGGUUCCUGUACAUUGACCAGAAGGAGGACUUCCGAGUGUCCAUCACAGCCAGGUACCUCUAUGGGAAGCGUGUGCAGGGCUCAGCCUUCGUCCUCUUCGGUGUCAUGGUGGAUGACGAGAAGAAGAGCAUCCCCCAAUCCCUGCGCCGGGUCCAGGUGAUGGAGGGGGAUGGAGAAGCCGCGUUGUCCAUGGCCACCCUACGGGAGAGGUUCCCCAACCCUGCGGAGCUGGUGGGACAUUCCCUCUAUGUGUCCAUCACCGUCCUCACGGAGUCAGGCAGUGACAUGGUGGAGGCCCAAUGCAGCGGCAUCCGCAUCGUGACGUCCCCAUACACGAUCCACUUCACCCGCACCCCAAAGUACUUCAAGCCAGGGAUGCCCUUCGACCUGACGGUCUAUGUCACCAACCCGGACGCGUCCCCUGCCGCCCGUGUCACCGUCAAGGCUGAUGGUUUCCAGGGAGUGGUGUCCACACAACGCGAUGGCACAGCCAGGCUGGUGCUCAACAUGCCGACCAACAAGGACAGCGUCCCCAUCACUGUGCGGACGGCAGAGCCGGAGCUGCCGGAGCCGCGCCAGGCCUGGAAGCAGAUGGUGGCUGAAGCCUACCGGAGCCAGGGAGCAUCCGGGAACUUCCUGCACUUGGCUGUGGGGGCCACAGAGCUGCAGCUUGGGGACAACCUGCCUGUCAACUUCCACCUCAAGACCAACAACAACAACGUCCGCGACUCCGUGCCCUACUUCACAUACCUGAUCAUGAGCAAGGGCCACAUUGUCCACGUGGGGCGGCAGCGGCACGAGCCCGGCCAGAGCCUGGUGACCAUGUCCCUGCCGGUGACCGCCGAGCUGCUCCCGUCCUUCCGCAUCGUGGCCUAUUACCAUGUGCUGCCGGGAGAGAUCGUGGCCGACUCCAUCUGGGUGGAUGUCAAGGACACCUGCAUGGGCACCCUGGUGGUGAAGGGAGCGACGGAAGCCGACAACCGCGUGCACGAGCCAGGGACACCCAUGAGGCUCCGCAUCGAGGGCGACCACAAGGCUCAUGUGGGGCUGGUGGCCGUGGACAAGGGGGUCUAUGUGCUCAGCAAGAAGAACAAACUCACCCAGUCCAAGGUUUGGGACACGGUGGAGAAGGGUGACAUCGGCUGCACCGCGGGCAGCGGCCGGGACAACGUGGGGGUGUUCACUGAUGCUGGUCUCAGCCUGGUCACCAACGUGAAGCUCACGACACCGCAGAGAGCAGAGCUCAGCUGUCCCCAGCCUGCGCUCCGCAAGCGCCGCUCCGUGCAGCUCCUUGAGUACAAGGGCACCAAGGCGGCCGAGUACAAGGACAAGGCUCUGCGCAAGUGCUGUGAGGACGGGAUGAAGGAGAACCCCAUGGAGCACAGCUGCGAGCAUCGCUCCACCUACAUCCAGGAUGGGGACGCCUGUGUCCAGGCCUUCCUCGACUGCUGCAUCCACAUCAGGACCAUCCGCAGCCAGAAGCAGCGCCUGCUGCAGCUCCAGCUGGCCCGAAGGCGCGGGGUCCUGCAGGUACGGUCCAGAGGCCCCGUGUCCCCCCCAGGUGAGGUGGACGAUGGUUUCCUGGCCGAUGAGGACAUCACCUCCCGCAGCCUGUUCCCCGAGAGCUGGUUGUGGCAGGAGGAGCAGCUGAACGAGCCCCCCAAUGAGCUGGGGAUCUCCACAAAGACUCUCCCUGUGUACCUCAAGGACUCCAUCACCACCUGGGAGGUCCUGGCUGUCAGCAUCUCCAAGAACAAGGGGCUGUGCGUGGCCGACCCCUAUGAGAUCACAGUGAUGAAGGAGUUCUUCAUGGACCUGCGCCUGCCCUACUCGGUGGUGAGGAACGAGCAGGUGGAGAUCCGCGCCAUCCUCUACAACUACUGGACCCACAAGAUCACGGUGCGUGUGGAGCUGAUGCACAACCCAGCGCUGUGCAGCGCCUCCAGCAGCAAGCAGCGGUACCAGCAGGUGCUGAGCCUGGAGCCACAGUCCUCGUGGGCUGUGCCCUUCGUCAUCGUGCCCCUGGAGCUGGGGCUGCAGGAGGUGGAGGUGAAGGCGGCUGUGCAGGGUCGCUUCGUGGCUGAUGGGGUCAAGAAGAAGCUCAAAGUGGUGCCCGAAGGGAUGAGGGUGGAGAAGACAGUGAAGAUAAUUGAGUUGGACCCGAAGAAGAAGGGAGUCAAUGGGGUGCAGGAGGAGAGGGUGAAGGCCGCCAACCUCUCCGACAUCGUCCCCAACACCGAGUCGGAAACCAAAGUCAGCAUCCAAGGCAACCCCGUGUCCAUCCUGGUGGAGAAAGCCCUGGAUGGGGAGAAGCUGAAGCACCUCAUUGUGACACCCUCGGGCUGUGGGGAGCAGAACAUGAUCGGGAUGACCCCCACUGUCAUUGCCACCCAUUACCUGGACAGCACCUUGCAAUGGGAGAGCCUCGGGGUCGACCGCCGCGCCGACGCCAUCAACUUGAUCAAGAAGGGUUACACCCAACAGCUCGCGUUCCGGAAGCCCGAUGGUUCCUAUGCGGCCUUCAAGAACCGUCCAUCGAGCACUUGGCUGACCGCGUACGUGGCCAAAGUCUUCGCCAUGGCCACCAAGUUGGUAGACAUCGAGCCCGAGGUGGUUUGUGGGGCGGUCAAGUGGCUCAUCCUCAACAGGCAGAAGCCAGAUGGGAUCUUCCAAGAGGAUGCUCCUGUCAUCCAUAAGGAGAUGGUGGGAGGGUACCAGGGCGCUGAGCCCGAGGUGUCGCUCACAGCCUUCGUCCUCAUCGCGCUGGAGGAGGCUCGAGACGUCUGCAAGGACCACGUCAAUAGCCUGGACGGCGGCAUCACCAAAGCUGCCGAGUACCUGGCGCGGAGGUACCAGUCCCUGUCCCGGCCAUACACGGUGGCUCUGAGCUCCUAUGCCUUGGCCUUGACGGGGAAGCUCAGGAGCGAGAAGGUUCUCAUGAGGUUCUCCAAAGAGAACAGCCGCUGGGAGGAGCGCAACGCCUUCACCUACAACAUCGAGGGCACCUCCUAUGCGCUGCUGGCCCUGCUCCGCAUGGAGAAGCCGGAGCUGACGGGGCCGGUCGCGCGGUGGCUGGCGAAGCAGAACUACUUUGGUGGUGGCUACGGAUCCACCCAGGCCACCAUGCUGGUGUUCCAAGCCCUGGCCCAGUACCAGGUGGCAUCUCCGCGGGAGCUGAACCUGGACCUGGACGUGUCGGUGCUGCUGCCGCGGCGCGCCAACGCCAUCACCUACCGCAUCGAGAACCGCAACGCGCUGGUGGCGCGAGCCGCGGAGACCAAGUACAAUGAGGACUUCACGGUGCGGGCCGAGGGCACUGGCAAGGGGACCAUGACCGUGGUGACCGUGUACAACGCCAUCGUCCCCGAGAAGGACAACAAGUGUGACAGCUUUGACCUGCGGGUGCAAGUGGAGGAUGUGAAGAUGGGCAAGGAACGGGACGGUGCCAUCCGCUCCAUCAAGAUCACCAUCUGCACCAGGUACCUGGACAACGUGGAUGCCACCAUGUCCAUCCUUGACGUCUCCAUGCUCACAGGCUUCUUUCCUGAUGUCCAGGACCUGAAGAGGCUCACAGAUGGGGUAGACAGGUACAUCUCCAAGUUUGAGAUCGACCAAGCGCAGUCGGACCGCAGCAACGUUGUCAUCUACCUGGACAAGAUCUCACACAAGGCCGAGGAGUGCUUCUCCUUCAAGGCCCACCAGCAGUUCAAGGUGGGCCUGAUCCAGCCUGCGGCCGUCACCGUCUACAGCUACUACAAGAUCGACGACCGCUGCACCCGGUUCUACCACCCGGACAAGGAAGGGGGGAAGCUGAGCAAGAUCUGCUACAAGGACGUGUGCCGCUGUGCCGAAGAGAACUGCUUCAAGAGGAAGGAGGAUGAUGUCCCCUUGACAGUCAACCAACGCAUUGAGCGUGCCUGCGAGCCGGGAGUGGACUAUGUGUACAAGGCGAAGCUGGUGGCAAUGGAGGAGACGCCGUCCCAUGACAACUACAUCAUGAACAUCCUCUCCGUCAUCAAGAUGGGCACCGACGAGGACCCAGCGAGGAGCAACCGGACCUUCGUGAGCCACCGGCAGUGCCGCGAUGCUCUGAAGCUCCAGCUGGGGCAGGACUACCUGCUCUGGGGGCUGGGCACCGACAUGUGGGUCACCGGCAACCGCUUCUCCUACCUCAUCGGCAAGGACAUGUGGAUGGAGGCCUGGCCCUCGGAGCCCUCGUGCCAGGAGCCCGACCUGCAGCCCCUGUGCCAGGACAUGGUGGAGUUUGCUGAGGCCAUGACCAUGUUUGGGUGCCCCUCGUGAGCACCCAUGGGUGCUGCCCCCCCCCCCCCUUGGGUUGGGGUUAGAAACGGGCCUGGGGCUGUGUUGGGUCAUGGGGACACCGGG